ACGAUCCAAUGCCUGACGCGGAGCCCGCUGUCGAGCCAAAUGACCUGAUGCCUGGUGACCCGAUGCCCGCCUGUCCAGCCCAGACGAUACCAAUUUGUGACCCAGUGCCAGUGGUCAUGCAGUUUGACUCGGAGCCCACUGUUGUGCCUGGAAGACUUGGUGCCCCGCCGCUUCGCCUGGGGCCUGAGACACGCUGUCUCUCCACCUGGGGCAGCGCUCGCCGCCCCGCCAGGGGGCCU